CAAGGAGAAAUGAGUUCAGUCUGAUUCGUUUACUCACUGGAACCGGAAGAGUUUACUAGGCGAAUGCAGUUAAAAUACGGCCGGAACUUAAUUAUAAUCGCUUAUCGUUAUUGUUCGAAUACCGAAUACGAAAUAUGGAAUCGCAUAAGAAUCGAUGGAUUUGUCUGGCACUUUUUGGCCUAGUUUUGGUUCAGAUCUCUCAGGGAGCCAAGAUCCUGGUACUGUUUCCCCAUGCCAACGAGGGUCACUUUGCGGUAAUGAGAACUCUAGUGACGGAAUUGGCCAUCCGAGAGCAUACAGUUGAAGUCUAUACGGGACAUGGUUUGGGGGAAACUUUGGAUAAUGUUACGGAAACGGUGAUACCGGAAUAUCCCUUCUGGAGCGAGUUGCAAAAACUGGCGGCACCCAAGGGAAACCUAGCUGAUCUUGGUCGCCUGCCCAUUGAAAAUCUUCGCCAGUCCUUGGCCAGCGUUGGAGCCCGCGCCCUGGAUCACUUCCUUAUGCAGGAGCCCAUCCAGAAACUGCUAAAGAUGUCCUACCUGGAAUUUGAUUUCGAUGUGAUCCUAGUGGACUACUUCUACACGGAGGCACUGCUGGCACUGGGGGCUCUCCACCAGCGUCCUGUCAUAGGGAUCAUUUCCACAGACUUUGGUAGCUACAUGGAUGCAGUGCAAGAGGCACUGGUGCCGGCUGCCUGUUCCCCCAUCGAUUUUGAGCAAGGUUUGGUCCAGUUGGGCUUUUCCGAGCGACUCGGCAAUAUCCGGCAGUGUAUCAAUCGCAGGAAGCGAUUCAUCAAGGAUCACUACGGCGGUCAGGAGCAACUGGUGGCCAAGUACUUUAAGCUGCAGCACUCGAUACCCGAACUGCAGGCCAGCCAGCUAUCCGUGCUGCUGCUCAACAGUCAUGUGCCACUGAUGACCCCCCGAGUGAGCAUCCAGCAGAUCGUUCCCGCUGGAGGUCUGCAUAUCCGGGGUCCCAAGGAGUUGCCCUGGAACAUGAAGCGUUUUCUGGAGGAGGCUCGCGCCGGAGUCAUUUACGUUCAGUUGGGAAAUGAGCAGCCUUGUGGCCAGUUACCCAAGGAUAAGUUGGAGGCUUUGCUUGGCUUGUUCGCCGCCAGAAAGGAGAGCGUCAUCUGGACCUGUCACGAUGUCAAGAAACUGGACGGAUUGCCCAAAAACGUGAUGAUCCAACAUGCGGUGCCGCAGAUAGACAUCCUGGCGCAUCCGAGGGUUAAGGUUUUCCUAACCAACGGCGAUCUUCUGAACCUUCAGGAGGGCAUAGUGCGGAAUGUACCCAUUCUGGGACUGCCGCUCUUCCACCACGAAAGGCGGAACGUGGAGCUAGCCGUGCGAUUGGGCGUGGGUCUGCAGUUGGAUGAGGGUAAUGUGACGACCAGCUCGCUUAACUGGGCAGUGAGUAGGCUGCUCCUGGAGUCCCACUACCAACUGACCAUCCGAGAUGUGUCGCUGGAGUUCAGGGACCGACCUCUCGGUGCUUUGGCCAACGCUCUCUUCUGGGUGAACUACGUGGCCCGGCACAAAGGAGGAGCGGCUGUUAGGACCCGGGGCAUUGGCAUCUCCUCCUGCCAUUUGCACCUGUUCGACCUGUUCGUUUUCUACGCUGGAAUAGCCACUCUGGUCGUGACCUUGCUGGCGGCCUUGGGUUAUGGUGGCUUUUAUAUUUGGAAUAAGAAGAACAACUCAAAGUCGACCAAAGUAAAUUAAGUUUUGUUUUCGGAAAUAAAGUGCAUGCCAAGCAGUUCUUGCACUCGAAUAAAUAUCAAUGGAGGUAAAGAUGAA